AACAAAAAAAAAAAAAAAAAAAUGGGCAGCGAAGGAAGACAAAAUGGGACUGGCGAGAGGAAACUGAGGCUGUUAUGCCUCCACGGUUUUCGGACCAGCGGCGAAAUUAUCAAGAAACAGGUCACCGGAAAAUGGCCGGAAUCUGUGCUCGAAAAAUUGGAUCUUUUCUACGUCGACGCCCCUUUUCCAUGCCGGGGCAAAUCUGACGUCGAGGGGAUUUUCGAUCCUCCUUAUUAUGAGUGGUUUCAGUUCAACAAGGAAUUUUCGGAAUAUGAGAAUUUUGAUGAGUGCCUUGCUUACAUAGAAAAUUGCAUGAUCAAGAACGGGCCUUUUGAUGGCCUUCUUGGUUUUUCACAGGGAGCAAUUUUAUCAGCUGCCUUACCUGGACUACAAGCCAAAGGUGUGGCUCUUACAAGAGUGCCAAAGAUAAAAGUUGUGAUAAUAAUCGGUGGUGCGAAAUUUAGAAGUCCAUCGAUUGCUGAUAAGGCUUAUUGGUCAUUAAUUCACUGCCCAUCCGUUCACUUCUUAGGGGAUCAAGAUUUCUUGAAGCAAUAUGGCACCGAACUUUUGGAUUCAUUUGUAGAGCCUGUUGUGAUUCGGCAUCCUAAGGGCCACACGAUACCGAGAUUUGAUGAAAAUGGAUUGGAGAGCAUGCUGAGCUUUAUUGAGAAGAUGCUAAAGAAUGAUAAAGAGGAGGAGGAACAAGAAAUUUGCUUAGAAGGUGCUGCUUAGGGAUGAGGGGAACUGAAUGGGCCGGGCCGGGCCAUGGUGCAGCAUUUCCUUAGCUUUGCUGGGCUGGGCUGUGCUAAAUGGGCACUAAUGUCAGUUCUUCUUUGGAUUGUAAUUGUUGACUGCGAAUUAGAAUACAUUUUACUUUACUAUGUCUUUUAUUUUUACUUAUUCGAUUUGUCUUGUGUUAGGUAAACCUGUCCAUUAUACCCACAUACUACUUUUUGUGUUAUUUUUGACAUAUAUAUUUACUUAU